AUGGCUAACUCAGUAUAUUUUUUUGAAAAUGGGCUCAGAAAGGUUUAUCCUUACUAUUUUGCAUUCAAUACUCACGUUAAGACAAGGUGGAUGGAUAAAACCCUUCUAGAAGUUUUUUCGAAUGAAUUGGGACAAAAUCCAGAGUUGAUAAAACAGAAUAUUAAAGAUCAUUUAUUGUACAUAAUAAGCGAUUACGGGAAGAAGAAUGGCUCGAUCGUAGUAAAGGGCUGGAAUGCCUUGGAAAAGAGAAAGUUGAAUGUACAUGAUGUCAUAUAUAACUCAAAGCACAUGCAUGAACCUAGUGUUCCACAUUCUCCAAUUUCUUCAAGUAAACUAGAGGCGAGUCUAAAUCAGUUUAAAACUAGCAUACCAAUCGUACAUGAGAACACUGAUCUAAUAGUGGUCGAUAAACCAUCAGGUAUUGCAACACAUCCGACUGGAUCUUAUAGAUAUAAUUCCAUCACUGAGAUUUUAAAAUACGACCUAGAAUUCGAUAAUAUUUGGCCCUGUCACAGGUUGGAUAAAUGUACCUCAGGAAUUUUGAUCUUAGCUAAAACUAAAUUAGCUGCUGGAAAAUUUCUGAAACUAGUGAAAGAGAAGGAAGGAAAUAUCAGCAAGGAAUACAUAGCUCGAGUAGAGGGCAACUUUCCAGACGGCAAAGUUACAGUCAAUUGUCCAAUUUUCUCGUUAAACACCGGUGGCUACUUGAUGCAAUCAAAUAUUGAAAAGUUACCAGUAAAUUCUUGCACAAAAUUUACAAAGAUACGCUAUGACUCGCAAAGAAAACAAAGUAUUGUGAUAUGUCAACCUUUGACGGGAAGAAUGCAUCAAAUUAGAAUUCAUUUGCGGAAUAUGGGACAUCCUAUAGUAAAUGAUUUUCUAUAUAAUUAUUUAAGUAAAGAUUUGGAUGACAUCAGAAAACUCAAAAAUGAAAUUGAGAUAGAAUUAUAUCAAAGAAUAUUCCUUAAGUUUUCGGCGUUUUCGAAUUUUCGAGAUGAACCUAACGUUAAUGAUGUGGCAUUUAUCAAUAUCUUGGAGCUUACCAAAUUUUAUGAGGAUCUAGUAAUUCGAUCGAAAAUUGAAGCCCUAAGAAACCUAAGAAAAACCUUUAUCAAAACUCUUAAAACAGAGUUCAACCAAAAAUGCACAGAAUGUGGGAGUGAUUUAUUCGACAGAGAUAGUGAUGCAUGUCUGACCAUCUAUUUGCACGCGUAUAAGUACUCAAGCCCUCUGAAUCGCUCUUUAUCAUUUGAGACCAAUAUGCCUCACUGGUGUUUAGAGUGA